UCUUCAUACAACACUCUUACUCUAAACUCUCUUCUCUUCGACCAUCUUCAUCACCUCUUAUCUCUUUCCACACACACCCCCAUACCUUGUCUCCCUUACAUUGUCUCCCUCACUCUCGUUUUAUAUACGUAUAUAUAUAUAUAUAUACACAAAUUAGUUAACACUACAUUAUAUAUUUCUGACAGUGUAAAAUCAAUAUACAUUUGUAUCAUUAUGUCUAGCAGACGGUCGAGGUCGUCUAGGCAAAGUGGAGGUUCCAGAAUUACAGAUGAUCAAAUUCAAGAUCUUGUCUCUAAGUUACAACAACUUCUUCCUGAGCUCCAUAAUGCUCGACGCCCCGAUAAGGUUUCGGCAUCUCGAGUGUUGCAAGAGACUUGCAACUACAUAAAAAGCUUGCAUAGAGAAGUAGAUGACUUGAGUGAAAGAUUGACUCAGUUAUUAGAAACAACAGAUACCAAUCAAGCAGCACUAAUUAGAAGUUUACUAAUGCAAUAAUUUUUCAUUUCUGUUUUUUAUUUCUUUUUUAAAAUAUUUGGUUUCGUCUUUUUUAUAAUUUUGGGCAGUCGUGCACUUUUUUUUUUUUUUUUUUCAAAUAAUUUUUGUUUACUUAAUUAAGUUUAAUUUUUGCCCCCCUAGGGUUAUAUCACUAGCUAGAUGCUAAUGUAAGCUGUAGUAGGGCAGUUAAUUAGAUUAAUUUCCUUUUUUAAUUUUGCAAGCUCCAUUAAGCAUAAAAAACAUACUUCGUAUAAUAAAAUGGAGCCCCAAUGUAUUCUGUAAAAGAGCAAGAAUUGUUAUUGUUUUCUCAUACUUAUUACUUUAACUACUUUGAUUCGUUCA